AUGAUUUCAAAAUGUACGGAUUAUAAACUCGAGACGAACUAAUGUACCUAAUAAUUACUCCGAAUAAUGAAGCGAUCUCCAAUAAAACGCCGUGCGACCCGAGGUUGAUGAUGCCCGCAUCGGCCUCCCCAAUGAGUACCCCGCACGCUAUACGCCUCCUUCUAGCGAUCGCUACAGAACGAGAUCAAUGGCUUUAAGGCCAAGUCCGAUCUUGUAAAUAGAGCGCCGGCGCCAAAACGAGUCAAAAGCAAUUGCAACCAUGUCUCCUAAGCCUCGUCUAGAUGGAAAGGUCGCUAUCGUGACGGGCGGCGCGUCGGGCUUCGGACGUGGCAUCGCGGCUAAAUUCGCGGAGGAGGGAGCAAAGGUCGUCAUCGCCGAUCUCUCCGACGAAGCUGGUCAGACAGCGGCGCGGGAGCUAUCGUGCAAAUUCGCGAAGGCGGAUGUGACCAAGCGAGAGGACUGGGAAGGUCUUCUCAAGGUAGCUUUGGACGCUUACGGCCAACUUGAUAUCGUGGUGAAUAAUGCGGGGGCCACGUACGUCAAUAAGGCUACCGAAGAUGUGACCGAGAAGGACUUCGACCUCGUCAUGAACGUCAAUGUCAAGUCGAUUUACAUCUCGACCAAUGUCCUUCUCCCCUAUUUCCUAGAGGCGAAGAGACCGGGUAGCUUUAUCCAGGUUGCUUCGACCGCAGGUGUUCGACCACGUCCGAGACUUACUUGGUAUAAUGCUUCGAAAGCUGCUGUUAUCAAUGCUACGAAGACGAUGGCUGUUGAAUAUGGACCUCAGAAGAUUCGGUUUAACGCGGUCUCCCCAGUAGUGGGAAGCACAGGAAUGACGCACCUGUUCAUCGGCAAACCUGAUACCGCCGAGAACCGCAAGGCCUUCGAAUCUGUGAUACCUCUAGGCAGAGGCUCUACGCCGGAAGAUGUCGCCAACGCUUGCUGUUACUUGGCCAGUGAAGAGGCCGCCUUCAUCACGGGAAUCAACAUCGAAGUUGAUGGAGGGCGGUGUGUCUAGGGAAAUCCACUUACGAAGUUAACGAUCUCGAUGUCGGUUAUCAAUGGCAUUUGCGCGGAUAUCAGCAAUCUUUCGGUCCGAGGAUAGUACGAGAUUAAUUCCGGGAUGAUGACGCUCUCAGCUGGAUUCUCGUGGGCGACGGUGACUUGGUGUCUAGUUCAUAUAUCUGCAUG